AUGCUGCCCAAAAGUCUCCUACAUAUCGUGGAAGUAUACCUUGUGGCUGUACCUUGUAAACCGAAGUGCAAGGAAAGUAAUCCUGAGACACGCUUCGUCGAUACAGAGGAAACAUUUCAAUUCCUUUUCUUUACUAGCCCACUUGCCGCCGCCGCAGCACCUCCCCUACAGCACCGCAUCAGGAACAAACCUUGCCACAGAAUGGUGUCCUGGGUGGCUGCUGCCGCUGCAAGAGGCCGUGGCCGUCGCGGUCAGCUGUCCCGACGGGCCGCUCCUUCCCUGGCCCUCCUGCUGGCGGUGAUCACGGGCCACAUGUCGCAGGUGGCCUUGGGGCAAACCAUGUUGCUGCCGGGCAUGGGCCAGUGGGCUCAGAACGUGCAGAACAUCGGCCAGCAGGGCCGCGAUGCGCUGAUGGGGGCCAUGCCCAACUGGGGCGGCCUGUCCCUGGGCGGCGGCCUGAACGCCUUUAACAACCCCUUCAUGUUCGGAGGCGGCAUGGGGCCGCUGGGAAAUCUCUUCCAAACUCGCGACGGCUCCGAGUACGACACCAGUGUCGUGGACCCCAACUACGGACAGCCCUUCGGACAGCCGUCUGUUGCUGAUCAGGCUCGGCAGGGGCUGCAGUCGGCGCUUUCCUGGGCCCCCCGCAGCAGCGCUGAGAAGGAGAAGAAGAUCAAAGAACUGCAAGCUGCGCUGAAGGGCGACGCAGCCAUCGCAGCCAUUGUGGGUCCCUCCCUGCUGCUGGCCUCCUCCAUCCUCAUCACCGUGUCCACCUCCCUGAGCACCGCCUCCACCUCGGUCGGCAUCGCUGGGGCGCUGGCGGGCAACUUGGUGGGCUGGUCCAAGUGGAUCAACAAUGCGGAGGUUUUUUUCCUGAAGCUCCGGUCGGGCGGCAAGCAUCGCAGCCUGCUCGAGGUCGCAGGCAACAACACCGAUGCAGAUGGCCCCGAGGCGGGGCGCUAUAGGGCCCAACUGCUGGACCAGCUGCGGAGCGCCAACGAUGUGAUGUCGGCGUGGGGACAUCAGCUGCAACGCGCGCGCAACACCGUGCAGGACGCCUCCUUCCUGGACUUUCUCCGCAGUCAGCAAUCCGCCCUGGAGACGGCGCGUAAGGCCCUGGGCGCGGUGCAGGCUCACCCUCUAGGAGCGGCUCUGGAUCUGCGCAGUGCUUCCCCGAUGGGCGGCCUCCUCCACAGCUUCCGUGGCAGCGGCGACGAUGGCGACGGCGCUCACGGCGCUGGCGGCCUGCUUGGCGGCAGUCCCAUUGCGGAGCAGAUCGCCAAAGUCGUCAACAACGCGCGCAACGGCUGA